AUGAACAAAAUUAUUGUUUAGAUGAAAAGCUAUUAUAUUCAAGAAUUUUUGAAUGUCAAAGAAACAUGGAGGAAAUCAUUUAAAAUAUCUGUUGUGAUUCUAUUGAUUGAGAAUAUCCAAAUGUUAUCAAUUUAUACUUAGAAUAUAAAUGACUUUGAAUAUGAUUAAUUUUUAAAUCAUAUCAGAAAUUUUAUAGAUUAUUUUAGGUCAAGUUUUGUUUUAUAUAUUUUAGAUUUUAUACAUUGUUUGGAAAUUCGAUCAACUUAAGAAUAAUAUUUGUAAUAGUAGGACUUUUAUUGUAAUACCUAGUCAUUUUAUUGCUGCUAAGCUAGAUUCUUAAAUAGAAACUUAUGAUGACUAAAAAUUAAGACCUCUAAUUUUUGUCAAUAGAACAAGUAAACUUAAAAAUUAAAUUAGAAUCUCGAAACAAAAGGAGAAAAAAAUCAUCUCACAAAUUUGAUUUUGUCAUUGUUUUUUUAGAUUUAUCACGGAAUUUUGUAAAUCCCAUUAAUCUUUUGUGGUUUCAGUUUAAUUACUGAUUUAUUCAAUUUUUGUAUUAAUAACAAAUAUCCAGAAAGUAUAAACUACUUUGAAUGGGUUGGUUUUAUAUUUGGAAUUAUGACUAUUGGUUAACAAAUCAUUAUAGGAUCAUUAAUAAAUUUGCAUUAGUUUGAUCAUCGAAUGAAAAAUUUUGAUUUUCUGGGGAAAUUUUAACAGUAAAAAAUUCAUUUUAUUUAUGCAUUUUAAUUAUUGUAUAUAUUUAUAAUCAAUAGAAAAUUAGAGUGAUAUUUUUGUCAGGUUUGUAAGCAUCAGUCUUGAUAGUGUAAUUGUUAGGAAUAAUUAAAUCAGUAAUACAAAUCAUAUGCGACUUUAAUUAAGAAGUUUUUAUAGAUUAUCGGAUUUCUAGAUUGAAUCUAAGAAUUGUAGUGUUUACUGUAAUUUAUUAAAUUUUAUUAAUGAUAUGCUAAUUUGGUUAGCCAACUUUAAAAAUUAGCAUAGUUUUACUAAUUUUAUUAUUUUAUCCGCCAUUGAUAUUUCUGACCAAUGAAAUUCUAAUCAGACAGGAUCUAAAAAAUACUAACUAUUAGACCAGAGAUUUAGAAAAAUAUAUCAGAAGAUUAUACAUAAUUUUUAAAUAAUAAGUUGAUUUGAAAAAAUAAUAAAGAUUACUUGAUCCUCAAUAAUCACUUGAAAUUUAUACAUUUAUAUCAAGCCAUUUGAGAGAAUGUAAAAUAUAAAGAGAAAGAAAAUUGCUCAGGAAUAUCAAACUAAAAUAUAAGUGUUUUUGUUAAGAUUUCUUUAAAGAUAUAGAUGAUUCCUUUUAGAGCCUAGAAUCAAUGAAAUAAUUCGCAAAAGGAUUAAUUGGAUAAACAUUUGAAGAUGAAAUCAUUGAAAAAGCAAAUUCAAACCUAAUUUUAAUUUAUAUAUACUUUUUGGUUUAAAUUAAAAAAGUACCAACUUAAGCAAUAUAUGAAGUUAUUCGAUUCUCUAUGAUUGAAAAAGUAUAUUAUAUAUGAUUAAACUUCUUAAGGAUCAACCUCUAAAGUAACAAGCUAUUAUUUACAAAUUAAAAAAGGAUGCCCUUUAAAAAUUUAGUGAAUUAGUAAAAAAAAAUGAUCUAGUAAACUAAAAGUUUGUUUUUAAAAAAGUUUAUCAAUAUGAAGAAUCAUUGAAUGUCUUGAAAACCAAUUUAUGUUUAGUAGUAAAAUUAGAAAAGGUAUAUAAAUAUAAUUAUAAAAGGAUUUUUAUGGGUGCAUACUAACUUAGAUAAUUGAUAUUAAUACUCUUUUAGACUUUGGUUUUAAAUUAAUAAAAAAUAUUAGAAUACUUGAAAAUCAAUUUUAAUUAUUAUUUAAAACAAACCCCUAAAACAAUGAAUGCGAUACAAUUUUCAACAUUUUUUAAAAAUAUGUUAAUUAUAAUAAAGUUAGGCCAAAAUUAUACAGAAGAGAUGGAUAAAUAAUGAUGUAAUUUUUAUAGUCGGCAGAAAAGAUAAUUUAUGAUCCUGGAAGUUGUGUAAUACAAAUAACUUUAUUACAGCCAAGAGGAAAUGUCAUAAGAUAUACGAGAUCAUUUUAAAAAGCAAUAGGAUAUAAAGAUGAAGAGAUUUAAGAUCAGAACAUUAAUAGAUUUAUGCCUCAAAUAAUAGCAAAUGAUCAUGAUUUAUAUCUUGAUAACUUUGUAGAGAGAGGAAGAAUAAAUGUAGUUAGAAAUGCAGUAAGAGUAAUUUUAGGAAAAACUAAAUCACAAUUUGUAGUUCCAAUAAAUACUAGAUUAAGAAUAGAGGCAAGUCUAACUGAGUUUGGAGCUACAGCUUUAAUUACACCAGUAAAUCUAAAAUAUGGCUAUAUGAUGUUGAAUGAAUCAGGUUAGAUUGAAGAAUUGACAUAGAAUUUAUAUGAGAAUGUUUUUGAAAAAUAUUUGGGAUUAGAACUUGAUUAUGUAAGAGGAUUAGAUUGUUUAUUUUUUAUUCCAGAAUUAGGUAAAAUUUGGCCUAGUUUAUUUGAUGAUGAUUUUGAAAAAUUAGACAAAAGAUUUGAAUGCUAAUUAAUUCUUCCAUUAAUCACUAAAUAAAUAUCUAGGAGUCAAAUCCGUUCUAGAUCUAAUCAAUUUUCUAAGACAAAUCUUCAAACAAGUAUUGCUAAAUAAUUUGAAAAUUAACCUCAUGAAAAUGUUGUUUACUAAGUUACACUUCAUUUAAUGAGUCUAAUUACUAUAAAUCUUAAGUAAUAUUUUAUAUAUAUAUAAAUUUAGAUUAGUCAUAGUAGAAAUACCUGAAUAUAAAUAAUUGAUGAAUCAAAAAAUAACUAGUAAGUAAUUACUUUAAUUAAGAAGUAGAUCAUCAUAAUUAAUAAAUAGUUCUUCAUAAAAUGACAUUCCAACUUAAAAAGCAGAUCUUAUCUUAUCCUCUUUAAAUUCUCCUCUUGGGGGCAUUACUAAUGAAUGUGAUUUGGAAUAUCAAAAUUUAAUAGAAGAAAUUAAAAUGAUUGAAGAAUUAAAAAACUAAUUGGCCACCAUUAACAUUAAUAGUACUACUCAAAACAAUUAAAAUGAUCCUUUUUUACUUUAGAAUAGCGAUAAUUAAUUUGAGAGGAGAGUUAUUGAAUUUCAAAAAAAUCCUUCAGAAUAAAGUAAUGAAUUUAGUGAAGCAGAUUCUGAUUUUAAAGAAAAUGCUUAAGAUUAAAAAAUACAAUACAAUGGAUCUGUUGGAAGUCGAUCCUCAUAAAAUAAUACUAAUGCUUUAAAAAGACAAAUUAAAGAGUGUUUAUAUGAUUAGAAGGGAUUAAGCAUGCGGACAAAACUCUUUUUAGUUUUAGUUUAUAUCGUAAUAAUGUCAGGAUUUUUUCUUAAUUAUUUUAUGUUUUAUUUUAAUUUUCAAAAAAUCCAUGAAAACUAACAAUAUGAAAAUUUACCAUUUCAAUUCUCCUAUUACUAUAAUGAAUUCAUUAUUGGUUAAUCAUAUUUAAAUUAUGAUUAUUUUAAUUUUGUUUAAUUAAGUUAGAUAGCAUUUCAAUAUUAUAUGAUAAAUAUUAAAAAUAUCGACAAAACAAUUGCUUUGCUACCUCAUAUUAAUAUUAUUAGUAACUUAACUAUGGAAACAAGAAUUUUGAAUAUAAUGUUAUAACUUACAAAAGUUUUAAAUAUGAAUAAUUCAAUCAAUCAAAAUGAAUUCUACAACAAUACUGAUUCAUUCAAUAUCUAAAUAGGUUAAAUUGAGAACACCAAUUCAACAAAAAACUUAUUCAGUUUAUCAAUAUUGUAAAAUAUUUCAUUUAUAAAAUUAGUGUAAUUGUUGAAGAAAUAAUCUUAUUUAUUUUACUUGGAGAAUAUAUUUAUUUUUAUGUUCAAAUUAUAAAAAUGAAAUAGAAAAUCUACAAAUUAUUUUGCACUUUUUCUAAAGAAGUAAUCUAAGAAUAAUUUGUUUAAUUCAGUUCUCUUUACACUUAAUUAAAUAACACAAGAUUUAGAAAUCACGAAACUGAUGAAGAAUAAUUUUAAUCAACAAUGAUGCGUUAAUACUAAAAAACAGCAAGUUCUACUAUGUUAGUUAAACAUAAUAAAGUUGGAAAGUAAAUUUCAUUUAAAUGUAUAAAAUUUAAAUUAUUUUAGAAACUACCUCAGCUUAAAUAUUUUUCUUUUUAUUCAUAUUUCUAUAUGCCUUAGUGUGUUCUUGUUAUUUCGUCGGAAGUUUGAUAUUAUAAUAAGUUACCUCGCAAAAUGUAACUGCAAGAUAUCAAGAAAAAACAUAAUUUUCAAUAACUUUCAAUUCUUUAGUAUCUACUUUUGCUUAAUAAACCAUUCUCUUACAUACAACAAUAACUUCUGAGUAGGCUAAAUACUAUGAUGUUGCUGUGUAAUAAUUAGGUUUAUUAACGACAAAUCUCUCUUUAUACUAAGAAGAUCAAAACUUUUAAGUUUAUGGAAUUUUAGUUGAAAAUUUGUGCAGUUUGUUUUUAAGCGAAUUGUAAAAAUACAUUGAAAAUUUAGAUCCUAUAGCUAUUAAAAUUAUAAAGAUCUUUUUACUCUUGAUCAAUGUUAAUCUAUAUAAAUACUUGAUCAGGGAUUAAGUUCCGUUGUUUAAGAUUUAUUUUCAAAUUAAUUUGAUUUUUUAUAAGCAAUCUCUACAAGUAGCUUUAGUGCUUUUUAAAAAUAAUAAUAUUAAGAUCCCGCCAUUCAAGUAUAAAGAUUAUAUGCAUAAUAUGGAUUUUAAGUAAUUAUUGAACUAUUGACAAAUUAAAUUAUAUCUAUGAUAGAUUAAACUUUUUUAGUAAACACAAUCAUGUUUAUUUUUGCUUGUACCAUUAUGAGUGUCUCAUUGAUUGCCACAAAAAUUACAAUUGAAAAAGUUAAAUAACAAUAUUAAUAAAGCAAAUAAUUAUUAACUCUAUUUCCAUUUGACAAGUUAAUGGAAAACGCUUAUGUAAUUAGUUUCAUAACACAUGAUUUGCAUUUUUCAGUUUGA